AUGUUCUCUCUAACAACCGCAGCUGUGCUUUCCUUGAUACCCUCAAUUUUAGGUCAAACUGUUUGGCUUGCUGGAGAUUCUACCAUGGCUGCAGGUGGCGAUGGUGCAGGUGCAUAUCUUAAUAGCUGGGGCCAAUAUCUCAGCCAAUACCUCACUUUACCUGUAACUAACAAAGCGGUAGCGGGAACCAGUGCUCGCAGUUUCACCGCUUUAGGUCUUUUUGCCUCUCUAAUCGACGAAGUAGGCUCGGGGGACUAUGUCGUCAUCGAAUUUGGGCAUAACGAUGGGUCGGCUGGCAGUGUAGACAAUGGCGACGAAGAUGCUGUAGGUGACGCGUACAACCUCACAGCCACAGUGACAGAAUCAGAUGGUAGUACCGAAGUCAUCCAUACUUUCAAUUACUACAUCACCAACGCCGCUUUAUCUCUGACUGCAAAGGGGGCCAUCCCGAUCAUCUCCUCUCAGACUCCCGAUAAUAUAUGGGAUGGUGAUGUACUUGCCGCACCAUCGCGGUUCGUUCCUUACGCACAAGAGGUGGCUGGGAACAAUAGCUUGGUCUACAUCGACCACUAUGACUAUGUCGCACAGGCUUAUGAGGCUAUUGGUGAAACAACCGUCGAUACAUUUUAUCCUGUAGAUCACCUACAUACGUCCCCUACUGGUGCAAACGUAGUCGCAGAGGCGUUUGUUAGAGGGUUGUUGUGCUCAGAGAGUACGCUCAAGAAUUUCGUCAAUAGUGCGGGUGAAGCUGUCCCCAGUGAGUGCAAAUACUUUGAGUGA